ACCCUGUGCCAGCGGUCCGCCUGUCCAGACUGUGAGGGCCACACAUUGCCAGGCUGACUACAGAUACGGUACAUUUUCCCGUAAUCACCAGUGCACCUGUAUGGCUCUGACAUUUUUAGCGUACCACAGUGAGGGGUUGCAGUUUGACACAGUCUUACUUGACAGAGUACUUGAGCAAGGAGAUGCACUUUAUGUUGGCAUUAAACAGCAGCUCAUGUUGGACGGUAGAUUUGUUGAUAAUCACUUGACAGUUGAAGAGAUGCCCCAACAAGUACUGACAGACGGUAACAUCUACUCUGUACACACAACGGGUGUCAGAGUUGGUCGUGUUUUGUGUCAGAAUGAUAGCCCUCAAAGGUCACGGCCAAUGGGAUUUCCUCUUGCCUCACAACUAGAGUGCCUGUCUGAAAAUGUCACCCAUGCUUUUCUUUUGGUGACUCCAGAGUGCAUUGCAGUUUUCCGGGACAGAGACGGUAGGUUUGGAGUUUUUGAUUCUCACUCAAGAAACUCAGCAGGCCUGCCCCAUCCUAACGGAACUGCAGUGGUCAUGACCUUUAGCAACCUAACGCUCAUGGUUGAACAUCUGCACAAACUCUUUCAGAACCGUGGCCCCAAUGCCACGUAUGAGUUUGUACCAGUAUCGUUUGUCAGCGACGACAUUGGUGAUGCCCCUCCUCCGGCCUUGAGCAAUCUGAAUAUUUCACCUGGAUCCACACAAGCAAGCCCAGGUGCUAAGAAAUCAGAGAGCGCUUCUGAUGAAGAGGAUGAAGAGGAAAUGCCAGCUUGGCUUGUUGAAGUUGGCCACAUAUUAGAGGAAACUGUCCCAACGAUGCCAGAUGUGUCCAAAUUGCCAAAAGCCAGGAGAAUAAAAGUAAGAGACAGGGUCAAAGCACAGCUGGGACAGGAUGUAGUUAAAAAAAUGAAACAAAGAACAUCUGAGAAAGAAAAAUAUGAUACAUCGCCUACAUAUAAGGUAAAAAAACUACGGGCAAUGAAACAAGCAUAUCUUCUUCAACAUGCAGAGAGGAAGAUCCAGUUAACUGCUAGAUACAAGCGUGAUGUUGCUUACCGAAGGAGACUAAUGGAAUAUGUGAAGAAAAGAUACAGCAACGAUCCCAACUACAAAGCCAGACAGAAAGCAUUUAUGAAGAAGUAUAUGAAGGAAAGAUACAGCAACGAACCCAACUUCACAGCCAGACAAAAAACAUUUAUGAAGAACUAUAUAAAGGAAAGGUACAGCAACGAACCCAACUUCACAGCCAGACAAAAAACAUUUAUGAAGAACUAUAUAAAGGAAAGGUACAGCAACGAACCCAACUUCACAGCCAGACAAAAAACAUUUAUGAAGAACUAUAUAAAGGAAAGGUACAGCAACGAUCCCAACUUCACAGCCAGACAGAAAAGACUUAUGAGGAUGUAUAUGAAGAAAAUGUACAGCAAGUUACAGUUCCGGGUGCAACAUAUUAAAAAAUGUGCUGUCAACAAGAGACUAAGCCUAUCAAAGAAGACACUUCCUCAAAAUACAAUGCUGCAGUGUGCAAUGAGAAUCAGGCGAAAAUACAGAAGGACUUUAGGCUUUCUCCAAGGAACUCCACAGCCUCUGAUCAGCAACGAAAUGAAAGCUGCAAUUCUGAAAUUUCAACAGAAAAUUCAACUUGGACCCACACAUGUCUGCACGGUUUGUCACAGAGCUCUUUUCCCGAGUCAAGUCAAGCAUUGUAACAGAGCCAAAUAUACCAAGAACAUUCGUGUGGAGGCCGAAUGCCUGACAGGUACGUAUGUUCACAUGUGUGACUCUGCAUGCUCCGCCCCGUGUUCUGUACCCAAAGAGAGGACUCAGGAGUGGAUCUGCUACACAUGUGACAGCUACGUAAACAGAGGAAAGAUGCCAUCAAUCGCUGCUGCCAAUCACCUGGACCUGGCACCUAUUCCCACAGAGCUUUCCCUAUUGAAUGUACUUGAGAGGCAAUUGAUUGCAAAAAUACUGCCUUUUGCCAAGAUUGUUUCAUUGCCCAAAGGACAGCAGAGAGCAAUUCAUGGAGCUGUUGUUUGUGUACCUUCAGAAAUGGAAACAAUCGUGAACUGUCUUCCCAGGCCCAGCACAGAAGCACAGCUUUUACAGGUUAAGCUGAAGAGGAAAAUUAAAUACAAAGGAUACCAAUACUUUUACACAGUAAACAUGGAAAAUGUUUUGGCUGCACUGAGAAAGCUUAAAGAGACCCACCCGGAUUACAAGGAUGUAAAUAUAAAUGAAAGUGCAACAUUUGAGGAUUUCCAGGAGGACCAACCUGUUGAGGAAUCAGAAACCCAAGCAGAGGAUGCAGUCACAGACCAACCUGACCACAUAGGGGAAGAACAUCAGGCUCUUCGACCGGGUCUGAUUUUGGACACUUGUAUGCAGCCACCUGACAUAGCACAGGAAGUGCUCUCCUAUGGAGAUGGAAUUUUUAGUGUCGCUCCCGCCCAAGGAAACAAACCCGUUGGCUUCUUUACUGUUCCAAGGCUGGAAGCCAAGGCUUUUCCUGUGCAGUUCCCCACUGGCCAAAACACGUUAGACGAAGCCAGACGAGUUAUACUGUCACCAAGUAUGUAUUUCAAUGUCAGGCUUUUCUCUGUAGACACUCGAUUUGCCAAAGACCAGAGUUAUCUUUUCUUUGCUCAGUUUGUUACUGAGACUCAUAUGGCCAACAACAGCAUGUCAAUUCAGUCAAGAAAAGGCAAAGCCAGGAGCAAAGAAGGACAAAACAUUUCCAGCAAGAUGCUACAAGACAAAGAAGAGUUAGAAAAACUAAUCCAAAAUAAAGAGGCCACUCGUUUUAUGCAACCCCUAAGAGGAACUCCAGCUUAUUGGGAGAAAGGUUUGCGCGAUUUGCACGCCAUGGUGAGGCAGCUGGGAAAGCCAACCUUCUUUUGUACCUUCUCUGCUGCUGAAAUGAGAUGGCCGGAAGUCAUUGAGGCCAUCAAAGCUCAACACGGAGAGCAAGUCAACUUUUCAGAGCUCGACUGGAACACCAAGUGUGACAUUCUUAGGAGCAACCCUGUUACUGUGAUGAGAAUGUUCUCCAAGAGGGUGGAUGCUCUCUUCACAGAUCUCAUUUUGUCCCCUGCGCAGCCCAUCGGACCAGUUGAGGAUUACUUUUAUCGUGUGGAAUUUCAAGCAAGGGGUUCCCCGCAUAUACAUUCUGUGAUAUGGAUUAAGGAUGCACCUGAGAUGGAGGAUCCCUCAUGUUGUGACCAAGUCAUCAAUUUCAUCGACCGUUACAUAUCCUGUCAAUUGCCCGAUGAAACCACAGACCCUGAGCUCCACAAAAUUGUAACGGAGGUUCAAAUGCACAGCAAAAAGCAUUCCAAAUCAUGCAAGAAAGGAAAUGUGCAAUGCAGAUUUGGAUUUCCCAAACUACCCAUGGACCGCACCAGAAUCACAGUCCCUCUCUUAUUCGACUUUGAAAAUGAUUGUGAUGAAAAAGCUAAGCAAUCCAGACAAAAGGAUGGCCAGAAGAAGUCCAGAAAAUCAAAGCCAAUAAUCAUCUCAAACCAACAAAGAGAAGCAAAGAGGAAGCUGAAAUCAAUAAGGGAUUUGCUGAUGGAUCAAAAAUCUUCUUUCAAGGAUUUGUCAGAAUUACUCCAGGCUUGUAAGAUGACCAAAGAAGAAUACAACCACUAUGUGGAUGCUCUGACUUCUGGAAUGGUAGUGAUGAUGAAGCGUGAUCCCAAAGACAGCUGGGUGAAUGGAUACAACCCGGAUCUCCUGCGUGCUUGGAAUGCUAACAUGGACAUUCAGUAUGUGAUCGAUGAGUACAGCUGUAUUGAGUACAUGAUGUCCUACAUAGCCAAGCCAGAGCAUGAAAUGGCGCAGUUCCUCAAAUCCAUUGUCGAGGAUCUAAAGAAGUCCGAUAUCAACCAACGGGACGAGAUGAAAAAGAUCAUGCAGGCCUAUUCAAAACAGAGAGAAGUUAGCGCUCAAGAGUCAGUAGCCCGUACAUGUAGUCUACCCCUUAAAAAGUCAUCACGCAGUGUCAUUUUUAUCCAAACUGAUGAAGACUGUGUGAAAAUGAGCCUUCCCAUGAGCAAACUGAUGAACAUGGCCCCAGAUGAAGAGAAUGUUUGGAUGACAGGAUUGCCUGAAAAAUAUCUCGUUUGGAAUGCGUAGCGGAGCGACCCUCAAUCGAUGAAAAUGAAGAACAAGACCCUGUCCCAGAAUACCAAGUUGAUGUCAACAGUGGAGCCAUGCCAGCAAUCGAAAUACCCAAAUUGAGCCCUGAUUUUAUUAGACAAAUGUACCGUAGUU